GUGUUCCGUCUUUAAUGUGAACAACAUCUAUAAAUAAUUAAGCUAUAAAAAUGGUUUUUUCAGUGGAUGAGAUUCUUGAAAAAUCAAAGGAAAAAUCAAUUGAAGAUGUAGAUGGAGUAGAUUUUAAUAAAGCUUUGAAGAAAACAAAGUUCGGAAAAUUUCAUUAUUCUUUAAUUAUCAUCUCCGGCAUAUUCAUGGCUUCUGUCUUCUUCGAGACAAUGGGCAUCACUUACGUUCUUCCAAUAGCUGAAUGUGAUCUUGACAUCACAUCAAAGCAACAAUAUGGAAUCAUUUCAGGCGUUUGGUUCGCAGGAAUUAUCUUGACAUCUCAUGUGUGGGGGUUCCUUAGUGACACUUUUGGAAGAAAAAAAAUCUUAAUUGUCGCUUCUUUAUCAGCAUUUUGUGCAUCAGUAUUAUCAAGUUUGGCAAUGAACUUUUGGCAGAUUUAUUUCGGGAUCGUCAAGUUCAAUUUUUGCUUAUCUUGGAGAAUUUUUGGGAUCAAAAAAUCGAUCACGAUCGAUGAUGUUUGCGUCUGUCAUUUUUGCAGUUGGCUGUUUAAUUUUACCGGGAAUGGCUUGGUUGGUGAUAAAUCAAAGUUGGACUCUCAACAUUCCGCUUAUAAAUGUUACAUACAAACCAUGGCGAUUAUUUUUGAUGUGCUGUGGGCUUCCAAGUUUGAUUUGCAGCAUUUGGAUGGAAAUGCUGAAAAAACCUUGAGAAUCAUGAAGAAGAUUUACUAUUCCAAUACAGGAAAACGAGAUUAUCCUGUCUACAAAAUAAAACCAAACGAAGAAUUUGGAUCGGCUUAUGAAAGAAAAAAUGUUUUUAAAAUGAUGCUUGAACAGACAGUGACACUCUUUAGUGAUUAUCCACGAUCUAUAAUAUUAAUCUCAUUAAUUCAAUUUGGAAUAUAUUUUGUCUGUAAUGGAAUGCUUUUGUUCUUUCCUGACAUUCUACAUCAAACAGCAACAUAUUUGGAGAAUCCUUUGGAUGAUUCGAUAAAACUGUGCAACAUAGUUGAAAGUGCUAUUGAAGUCAAAAAGAACCCAACAGAAUUAAAUGAUAAAAUAUGCAUCGAUAAACUUGAUAUCAGUGCUUAUUACUACGCGCUUAUUCUUGAAUCUUGUUACUUUGUCGGAUUUCUGCUUAUGAGUCUUCUAGUGAAUUAUGUUGGUCGACUGGUGCUAUUCAGCGUUGUUUUCUUCUCAACUGGCAUUUCAGGAGUUCUCAUUGCAUACGUUGAUGGACCACUUAUUGGCACAUAUCUUUUCAUUUGGCUUCUUUUCUGUGGUGUUAACAAUACUCUUUUAAACACGGUGACUUAUGAUUUAUUUCCAACGAAUUUGAGAUCACUCGCAAUGAGUUUGUCAUUAAUGUUCGGAAGACUUGCUGCACUCAUUGGAGGAAACGUCGCGGGAUAUCUCCUGGAAAGUUUCUGUUCUGAAAUGUUUGUUUUAUCAGGUGCUGUUCUUAUACUUAGUGGAAUCUUAACAUUCUUCAUACCGAAUAUGAUUAGAAAGAAAUAAGUUUACUUUUAUUUGUGAUAAAUCAUAGAUUGUGUAUAGGAAAAUAUGUUUUAAGAUUUAAUUACAUGAAAAAUUAUAAGGUGUGGAAUAAAAACUUGAAUAAAUAGAAAAAAAAC